AUGACUGUGAAAGAAUCAUUCAAAUUGGAUCCCUUCUCCCCACCCAAGCCCCUCGGGGCUAAGACUCUGAAACCCAGAACCCUUCUCGUCCACCCUUACAACUCCGACACCAAGAAAGACAAACCCUAUCUUUUAGAAACGCCAACAGAUCUUAAGCGACGGACGCCACUUUUAGAGAUACCUACAGAUAAUAAAAAGCCCAGACUGUACACCAAGGAGACAAAUGAGAAGAGAGAGAUGAAAACAACGUCGAUCCAGACACAGGAUGACCAUGAAUUGGACAGCUGUCGUAAUACCCAGGGUUGCCAGAAAGUGAAGAUCUGCCGCCACUGCUGCUGCGGCUGCGAGGACAAGGACCCGAAGCCCUGCAGCUGCCAAGGUCAGCCGGUGAAGGUCAUCUUCGCGCCCACCAUGAUGCCGUCGCUCUUCGGAGCCGGCGUCCCGGGAGUACCGUACAUCAUGAAGCAGCCGCCUGUUAGUAAUGACAAGAUUCCCGUGGUGCCGAUGAUCAGCUCGCCCCCCGCUGUCGCCGUCAAAGUUCAUGAGCAGGAGCAGGAGCAGGAGCACGAGCAGGAGCAGGAGCAGGAGCAGGAGCAUGAGCAUUAG